GUUAACGGAACCGCCAUCUUGGAAAGUGCUCUCCUACAUAGUACGUUUCGCGCCUGUCAGAAUCAUCUUUUAAACAACGCUACAUUGUUUUGCUUCAUCUGUAAACAGGACUAAUGGAAAGAUAAGGCACAUGCUGGAGGCUGGACGUCUAACAGUGUCUAUCGGAUUGUGUUGUUUUUAAGUUCCCCGUUGGUCUGCCUGCCUUCACAGCUGGCUAGCCUGGAAUGGGCCAUAACUCCCAAAGACUAGUAUACACCUCUUUGUAACCUGAGCUCCACCUGGACUCCAAACUCUUUGGGAGCCAAGAUGUUUUGGAAAUUUGACCUCCAUACCACGUCUCACAUUGACACGCUACUGGAGAAGGAGGAUUUGACUUUGACGGAGGUAAUGGAUGAGGAUGAUGUCCUGCAAGAGUGCAAGUCCCAGAACCACAAACUUGUGGACUUCCUUUUGAGACCACAAUGCAUGGAAGACCUGGUCACCUUCAUCACACAGGAGCCCUGCACAGACGUGGACGAGAAGGUCAAAUACAAGUAUCCAAACAUAUCAUGCGAGCUACUUACAUCAGAUGUGAGUCAAAUUAAUGACCGACUAGGGGAAGACGAAAAGCUGCUGAUGAAACUAUACGGCUUCCUUCAGAAUGAGCCGCCUCUUAACCCACUGUUGGCUAGCUUCUUUUCCAAGGUGUUGUCCAUCCUGAUUGGACGCAAACCUGAGCAGAUUGUUGACUUUUUGCGGAAGCGGGAAGAUUUUGUAGAUUUGAUGAUUAAACACAUUGGGACGUCGGCCAUAAUGGACCUGCUGCUCAGAAUGCUCACAUGCAUUGAACCACAACAGUUGCGACAGGAUGUUCUCACUUGGCUGAAUGAAGAAAAGGUGAUUCAAAGACUUGUGGACAUGGUGCAACCUUCUCAAGAUGAGGAUAGACACUCCAAUGCCUCCCAGUCGCUGUGUGAGAUCAUCAGACUGAGCAGAGACCAGAUGUUCCAGGUCCAAGGCUGCUCUGAACCCGAUCCUCUUCUGGCCACACUUGAAAAGCAGGAGACAGUCGAGCAGCUGCUGUCGAAUAUCUUCGACAAGGAGAAGAACGACUCUGCAAUCGUCAGCGUUAUCCAGAUCCUUCUUACACUAUUUGAGACGAGGAGACCGGCGUUUGAAGGUCAUAUGGAAUGCCCCCCUGGGAUGUCCAACCCUUUGUUCUCUGUAAACCACAGCAUCUUGGAAGCAGUGAGACCUCGACUUAAAGACUUCCACCAGCUGCUACUGGAGCCCCCAAAGAAGAAUGUGAUGAAGACCACAUGGGGGGUUCUGGAUCCUCCUGUGGGCAACACCAGGCUAAAUGUGGUUAGACUGGUGGCCAGUCUGUUGCAGAGCAACACACACAGUAUAAACACAGAACUUAUUAACCUCAACACACUAGGAGUCAUACUAGAUAUGUAUUUUAAAUACAUCUGGAACAACUUUCUUCACAUACAAGUUGAGAUUUGCACUGCCAUGAUUCUGGCUCUGCCUCCUGCCCCCACCGACAUCCAGCAAGACACUGAAAAGGAAAAUGAAAGAGAGAGCAUCCUCAUCAAACACCUCUUUCAAAAGUGCCAGUUUAUUAAGAGAAUCGUUGAUGCCUGGAGCUCCAAUGAAAAAGAACAGUCGGAAGGCGGACGGCGACGGGGCUACAUGGGUCACCUCACAAGAAUAGCAAACUCAAUAGUACAUAAUUGUGACAAAGGUCCAAACGGAUCCCAGAUACAACAGCAUAUCUCUGAGCUCCCAGCAGCAGAAAGAGAGGGAUGGGAGGCCUUUAUUUCAGGGCAGCUGGCUGACACAAACAAGAGAAACACUGUUGACCUGGUGAACACGCAUCACAUCCAUUCUUCGAGCGACGACGAGGUAGAUUUUAAAGACAACAGCUUCCAUCAGGACUCUUCUCUACAACAAGCCUUUUCUGAUUAUCAGAUGCAACAAAUGACGUCCAAUUUUAUUGAGCAGUUCGGCUUCAAUGAUGAAGAGUUUGCUGAUCAGGACGAUGUUGUGGAUAUUCCCUUUGAUAGAAUAUCAGACAUCAAUUUUUCACUGAAUACAAAUGAAAGUGCCAAUAUAGCUCUGUUUGAGGCUCGGUGUAAGGAAAAAAUCCAGCAGUUUGAAGAUCCUGGUUCAGACGAGGAGGAUAUUUGGGAGGAAAAAGAUGUCACUUUUGCACCAGAGGCACAGAGGCGCUCCAGGAGUUCUGGGAGCACAGACAGUGAAGAAAGCACAGACUCCGAAGAGGAAGAUGUCAAAAGAGACGCCUUUGAAGCGUCCAACAGCGGUACUGAUGAUAGGAUGGAAGUUGAUGCAGGGCCUGUGUGGACGGCUACGUUUGACGACAUCCCCAUGGACACUGGCACCUCGACCGCCGUGGCCUCCAGCCCCAAUGACGCCGCCACCCCCUCUCCUCUGUCCCCGUCUGCCACCUCCACCGAAGCGCUACCAGAUGCUGCUUGGAGCUCCACUCCUCCGACAACAUCCAACUCUGAAACCGGCUGGGCGGACUUCUCGAACUUCACCCCCGUCAGUCCCAAAGAUCCACUGAGAUGCAACUCUCCUGUCGCCAUGGAGACCAACAUAGAAUCAAGUGAUCCUUUGGGUGUCAAUGCACCAAUGCAGUCAGAAGAUUGCGACGGUUGGCUGGACACCGAAGCGGUUUCUCCCUCAUCCAACUGCGCCAGCGACUGUCACAGGCCUAAAGCAGAGGAGGAGAGCACGUGCCACGAGCAGCGCAGCAUCACAGAGACGGUCAUUAACGGCUCCAUGAAAGAAACCGUCAGCCUGACAGUGGACGCCAAGACUGAAACGGCCGUCUUUAAGAGAGUGUUGAAAUCAUAUCGCGAUGAAGAGAAAAGUGCAUGUUCGGAGCUACAGGCCGACGGCAGCUGCACCAAAGCAGGUCCUGACAAGUGCGAGUCACCGGUGGAGCUCCCCAACGGUCCUCACGAAAAAGCUCUCGAAGACGCCAAGUCGGACCAGACGGCUGCACCUUCAGAACCGGUGGUGAACGGGCCGGCAUGAGGGCGCCAGUGCCCUCCCGCCCCACCUCGGCCAAUCCAGUCUGCCAGGCAGCGGCCUCCUCCUGACCAAACAGCAGGGGUCACCGCUCCGAGCUGAACCAAUCACACCCCUCCACAGAGACCAGCAGCGUUCCUAUUGGCUCCUCACUGACGGACACGUGUACAGGAAUACUCCGGAGAACUGAGAGGACGAAGCCCAGAUUUUUGCUUUCUGCAUUUGUUUAUAUUCUAUUGUUCCUAUGCGGUGAUCUGAUAUCUUACGAGUCAUGUCGCUAUAGUUAAAGAAAUGAUUGUAUGAAUUAAAUAUUUUAUAUAAAGACAAACGCAUCACCAGGACGUCUGGAAGGAUGUCUGCUCCGUCCCGUCUCGUGCAGCGGAGAAAUCGCCCCCGAAUCACCCGACCAGUCGCGGUUCUGAGUUCUGUUCGUGCCAAAGUGUUUCCACUCUCUGCCGAAUACCAGUCCUUGUUGCCGUGACGAUGCAGAAUGGUUUUUAUUUUUUUUUUCUUUCAUAUCUUCUCUGACUUUGAGGAGUUUAUGUUCUGAACGUCCUGCACAGGGACAGAAUUCAGUCAUUUCAUUUUCACAGUUCUUGAAAAGAGGUUUUAGCGGAUUAAAUGACAAAAUUCUGGUUCUUUCAUUGAGUAAAAGACGACUGAGUUACGAGGUCUUGGCUGAGUUUAAGAUGAGUCGCCGCAUCGGUGGGAUGUAACAGAUUCAAGCUGAAAAUGAAGAACCCAGGCUCAAAGUAGAAGUGACCUUCAAUGUAGUUGGUUUGAACAACUUUAAUUCCAGUGUGGAACAGACAUUCUAGUAAAAAUAGAUUCACUUAAUCCUCGGCUGUGACUGACUCAGAAGUGAGAGGAACCAGUGUGCGACAUCUAAAAACACCAACUUAAAAUCAUAAAUAAAUUGCAGAUAAAUACAUUCAUAGCUUCCUAAUAGUUCAUCACCCGCCGAUGAUGGAACACUGUGCGACCUGACCGUUUCCAGAGCUCAUGUUCCAGGAACCACAGCAUCUUUGAUUUGUAUUAGAGUCCGGAGCGCUGAGGAGA